GUGUGUGUGUGUGUGUUUAUUACUAUAAUCAUUAUAACUAGUCAUUAUAAUUAUCUUACUAUCAUUAACUUGUUUUAGUUAUUAUACUCCUAUGAAACUUGUAUUAUUACUGGUCACAGCCAAUCAUCGUCGAGUUGCUCGCGUCUCCCGCCCAAUCAGAGCUUCCUGUGACCCGUUAGGACCGCCCAUUUGUAUGAGGAGGGGCCACAAGUGAGCUUGAAUAUCAUAAUUGCUUCGCGCUCACGGACCUGCUUCGCGCUCACGGACCUGCUUCACAGAAGGGGUCACACGUGAGCUUGAAUAUGGCCCACUAACUCUCACCACAUCAGAACAGAAUGCCGAAGGUGGAGAGAGCGCAACUGCGCACAAGAUUGCUCACGGAGUGCGGAGAUUUUACAGAAAUUGAUGGAGAACUGCAAUGCAAAUUUUGUACUACAAAGGUUCCCAAUUUGAAGAAAUCUUCAAUCGUGCAACAUCUGAAGACUAAAAGACACAGAGAGAAUAAACAAAGAUCGCAGCAAGACGAGGCAGUACAGGAAGAAGGCUUAGAAGAUGAAGAAACUGUUGAACAGCAACCUCCACCUGCGCAAAAGAAUUUCAAUAGAGAUCUCUGCAAAGCUUUAAUAUCUUCUAACAUACCUUUAAAUAAGGUAAAUUCAACACCGUUCUCAUCCUUUCUUCUCAAAUAUACUGCAUACACUGUUCAGACCAGAGUACUCUUAGGAAAUACCAUGUGCAAGAUUUGUAUAAGGAAACUUUGAGUGAUCUUCGACAUAAAGUCGAUGGAAAAAACUGUGGGUGUCGUUAGACGAAACGACAGACGUGGAGCAGAGGUAUGUUGCGUGCUUUGUGUUUGGGAUACUGGGAGAAGAGGUGGAACGGCUUAAAUGUUAUUUAGGCAACGUAGCUGAGCUGAAAUCUGUAAAUCACUCGACCAUAGCAGCCUUCUUCAAUGAUUCUCUACAUGUACUGUGGCCUCAACAAAUUCUGUAUGAAAACGUGUUAAUUGCUACAACAGAUGCAGCACCAUAUAUGUGCAAGGCUAUGCGGGGAUUGCAAGUUAUGUAUCCGAAAAUGAUACAUGUGACAUGUCUCGCUCAUGGUUUACAUCGGGUUGCAGAAAUGGUCAGAUCUAACUACCCUGAGGUUAAUCGUUUGAUAUCUGCAGCCAAAAGUGUGUUUCUUAAAUCACCACGACGAGUAGAGAAAUUUAAGGAACUUUCACCUGGAGUCUCCCUCCCACCUUCGCCUGUUGUUACCAGAUGGGGCACUUGGUUGGAAGCAGCGCAGUAUUAUUCAAAUCAUCUGGAAGAGGUCAAUAAGACAAUUAUGAGUUUUGACGAAACUGAGGCCCAGAGCAUUGCUGAGUGCAGAGAGCUCCUAAAUAAUGUUGAAGUGAAAGUAAGCUUGGCGUUCAUUGCUAACCAAUUUUCUGUAUUAGCCUCUACAAUUGAAAAGCUUGAAACACGAGGGCUAUCUUUGAAAACAGCUGUUGGUUACAUCACGGAGGUUAAAGAGAAGCUUGAAAACAUGUAUGAUAGAACCUAUUUUGAUAAGUUCACGUCAGUAUUGGCUAAGAAUAAAGGAUUUGCAACUGUUUAAAAAAUUAGCUCUCUCUUAUCUGGGAAAUUGAAGAAAACAAAUGACGAAUACAUCAACCAAUACUCCAGCUCUGAAUUAACUGCAUUUCAAUUUGCUCCUGUCGUUACCUGUGAUGUGGAAAGAAUGUUUUCUGUGUACAAAACUGUUUUAGCCGACAAUAGACGCAGUUUUCAUUUUGAAAAUUUGAAACAUCACUUAAUCAUCAAAUGUAAUGAACCCUAAUUAUGUCCUGUUGG